AUGUUCCUCUUAUUAUUAGACUUUACCAAAAAAUUAGAAGUUCCUAAAGAAAUUCCUUCCCCUGAAUAUGUUGGUAAAAAUAAUAAAAAAUAUAAAAAAAUAAAUAUAAUAGAUAAUCCAAAUCCAGUGUAUGGUUUAUAUCACGGAUCUCCAGUAAUACACAAUAAAGAAACAAUAGAAUGUUUAAGAAAAGCUGGAAAGUUAGCAAGUUAAACAUUGUCACAUUUAGCAAGUCAUGUAAAAGCAGGAAUAACAACAGAUGAAUUAGAUAAAAUAUGCCAUAAGUUUAUAAUUGAUAAUGGAGCAUAUCCAACUGCAUUAGGUUUUAUGGAAUUUCCAAAAAGUGUAUGUACAAGUGUUAAUGAAGUGAUUUGCCAUGGAAUACCAAAUACUCGUCCCUUGUAUAACGGAGAUUAUAUAAAUUUAGAUGUAACAUUAUAUAAACAUGGAGUUCACGGCGAUAAUUCUCUCAUGGUAAAAGUAGGAAAUGUUCAUCCGAAAAUAUCUAAAUUAAUUGAAGUUACAUAAAUGGCUGUUUAUGAAAGUAUUAAAAUUUGUAAACCAGGUGUUAAAUUUAGAAAAAUUGGCGAUAUUUGCUAAGAAAUUGCAAAUUCUAAUGGAUUUCAUGUCUGCGAACUUUUUACAGGGCAUGGAGUCGGAAAAUUAUUGCAUAUGCCUCCUAUUGUUUUUCAUUCGAAAAAAUCAGAAAGUGAGAGCCCUUAUACUAUGUAACCUGGAAUGGUUUUUACAAUUGAACCUAUAUUUUGUAUAGAGGAAGGUAGCUAUUAUUAAUGGGAUGAUGGGAUGACUGUUGUUUCACCUUAUAAUCCUUCUGCUUAGUGGGAACAUACUAUUUUAAUUACUGAUGAUGGACAUGAGGUUUUUACUUUAAGGGAGGGGGAGAGAAUAAUAUGA